AUGGCCUAUCAAGCAGAAAGACUACCUUGGCAAACCCUGGCCUCAAUCUUUGACUUGAAGCCUACCAACCACUGUCAACAUGAUGCCUUUAACCUGCACCCACGAGAUGAACCAGAGACAGGACAAAAGUUAUCCAAAUUUCUCGACGCCUUCGUCAAAAGUGCAUCUUCUGAUGCGCGACUAGAGCGCGAGAAAUACCCUGAAAAAUACGACCCUCUCGACGCUGGCAUCUUCUUAAGAAGCAUGAGUGGUGAAAAACAAGACGACAGUGUACGAAUGCAGUAUGACAGACUCCCAGAGAAACAGGUCAUUUUGUCAGACAAACUGGUCGACAAGAUCACACCAAUAGUCCGACGUUGGUAUUCCACAGAUGAAGACGAUUCUAUAUCAAACAAAUUUGAGCAAGGACUACUAUGUCCACAUGUCAAUGAAUCCGACAAGUGCGAAUGCGUACUGCCGCUCAAAGAGCGUCAACUCGCAGCUUUCCAACGAGAUUACUAUCCCAACGACUGUUUUCAGUUCUACGCGCACAACAGCGAAGCAUAUCACAAUCUGAAUUUCGUCAAGACAUUGAUACUACUCGGAGAAAUGGACCCCAUACUACAGGUCUGCUCAUCGGAUGAGUGUUAUUUGUCCAAGUGGUGGGAAGUUGGUCCAUGCUAUUGUGAGGGUUUAACUCUGGGAUGGAAUAUGAUAUGCGAAUAUGCUGUCACGAUGUAUCUGACUCUCAAUAUCCUCUACUGCUUUCCGGAAACGUGGCAGGCCGACGACGGUUCACCUAUCGACGACUACCGCACCCUGGGGUCAUACCAGAUGGCUGUCCGGCUUUGCACGAUAUCCUCGGGGUGCCAGAUUGCAACAUAUCCUCACAGGGACAUAUUUGGCAUUCAAGACGAGCAGUUCAAACUCUAUCCAAGGCCAUAUGACAUAUCUCGAUGGAAGCAUACUCUCAAGGUAGAUGAUUCCUAUGUGUCCCGGAUGCGUGACAGGGAUCUCGAAUGGGACAUAGAUUCGGAGCCCAUCAAUCCUUAUGCCUACAAAUUGGAUUUUUAUCCAUACGGGCUAAUGACCUACGAUGAAUUUCUCAACUUUGAGAAGCCAGCCUCUUAUCAACCUCACACAAACGACAUCCCUCACGUCAGAUGGAUGCUUGGCCAAAAGGGUCUACCGACAGAACUAGUCGACAGCAUUCUCUCAAAAGCCGAGUAUAUCCCUACACGAAGUUUGCCUGUAGACGGGAAGCCAUUUCACCCUGGGAACAAGGCCAAGCUAGACCGGUAUCUCGAGGAAUGCUGGCAGCUCAUCGUCCGGUGUUUUAUGCUUGGUUUUGAACUAGAAGACGAGGAUGUGGAUUUUGAGAAGCGCAUACGACGUCUGUUCAAGGCCUGCAUACGGGAGGUCUUCAGGACACUACACAGCAAUCCCACUCUCGCAGGAAACAUCCGCGCGCUCAAGCUGGUGGAAGUAAGCGGAUAUAGAGAGAACGUCGAUUUUGAGAGAGCAUUGGAUCACUUGAAUCUAGAGCCGAGUCUGGCAAGCCGCCUGAAGACGCGUCUCUUCUGUUCUGGUGGUGUUGAUUCUCUCCUCCCGCUGUACACGCCCCAAGUCCAGCUUAUCGACUACACUAUGACCAACUACGACUCUAAUAGACACUGGAUGAUGAGUGGCAUGUUGGGCUUGGAGGUUGACGUCGAGAUUCUAUGGCACAAAAUCAGGUAUAUUGGAGACCGCUCUAUCGAUCAGAGAGAUUUGUCUUACAGCCCCGACGAACAAAAGAUUAACCAACAAGCCCUCACAGACGCUGUGGGGAACAUGUCUGUAAACCAGGGCCUCUUUCCCAACUUGGAAGAAGUUCGACUCAGGGGACAAGACAUACGCUCCGGAUUCGUCGCAGCCUGGUCGAUCGAACCAAUCCUUCUUAACCCAAAUCUCAAGACAUUGCGCACCUUUGGCGUCGACUGGUACAUGGGUGGGAAGCAAAAGUUCGUCUGGCCGACUCAUCAGAGCAACUUGGAAUGUCUUGAUCUCCAGGAGACGGUCAUAGACGCCGAUACCCUCAAAUCUAUCAUGACGCGCUGUCCCAAGCUGAAAAGUCUGUCAAUCGACUGGGCGGAUAUUUAUCAAAAGGCUACAUACAAGGAUGCCAUUGACCAAGCCUUAGAUAGAGGUCUUAAUGGUUACAUGGAUAGAAGUAAUUAUGGUAGUGACGACGACGACGACGACGAUUACGAUCAAGACAGCCCCGCUCCCCCUGACCCAGUUUACGAUAUUCAUGUUGAUCUAACAGGAUUUGGAGACGUUCUUCGAGAGCAUGGACGUGAUCUCGAAGAACUUGCCGUCUCAACAUUCAAUUACAAAAACACUGAGUUCGAAAGCUAUUGCGAGGGAUACAUUGGAACACUCCGCGACUUCACAAAACUAAAACACCUAAAGAUUGAUUGUCAUGAUCUCCUUGGAGUCGAUAACGAGGACUUCAUACACGGCCCCAGGAUGAUUAACGAGCUCGGUCAUGUUCUACCAACCUCGAUCGAAACACUCUAUCUGUACAACGAAAUCCAACAUCCUGGCACCUACUGGGAGCCUGGGCCAUGCAAUACUGAAACUUUGGUCAAGGAAUUUCUUGCUGAAGCUGAAACCUGUGCGCCUAAUCUUCGAAAGGUCGUGGUGGAGUGGUAUGAGAGUAAGUAUGAGUGGAAAGAGAUAUGCAAGACUUACUGGUCCAGAGAGACGAUAGAUGAUGGGUGGGAUGUCCAGUUUAUCGAGGAGAAAUUCGAGGUUGAGUUUUGCGACGAACAACACAAGAUGGCUCUUGUUGUAUUGACCAAGAAGGACAAGAGACACCAUUAG